AUGAGGUGAGAGCUGACCUGCGACAUAACUGCCACAUCAGUUCUGGCCAAGCUCAGUCACUAACUGCCAUUAGUAAAGGGCUCUGCAGGGUCUAAGAAGAUGAGAAGGAAGCGUCCAAGGGCUUUGGGAAGUCUUCGCAACCCUGUUCCCCAACAGGGUUCCACACUGUAUACUUUGCCUGCCAGUGUUCCUCUCAUCCCUUCUCAGCCGGCCAACCUUCAUCUUGCUGUUCAUGUCAACCCUCUUUCUGUCUUCUACCCUACCACAUUCCCUGCUCUGAGGAACACUUCCAACUUCCCCACCUUAAUGAUGGCUAUGCCCAGCUCCUCCUCUCUUGCCAAAGCUCCCCCCAACUACCCUGUUCUCUCUGCUUCCCCUUCCUAUUUGUCUACCCUCAUGACUACCUCUCCUGAAAGAGUGCCAAAGGAUAGUGGCCUCCUUUUGGUUUCCUAUCUGAAAGGUAGAGGCCUUCAGCCAGUCAGGGUACCAGGGAAAUCAGAGCCAGAAACAAAGACUGGGAGUCAUAAAGUUAAAGGGAGCCAAGACCUGUUUAAGCUUUGUGCCUUUAUUCAAAAUUCCUGGCCUAGACCUGAACCAACAGUAACCAACCAGGACCUCACUAGGACAAAGAGGAACCUGAAAUGCUAAGACUACAAGAUUCUCAAGUAACUCCAAGACCCAAAGUGCCAUCUCUGUCUACAAAACUAAAAUAUGACACCCAGGACAAGAUGAUUAUUAGAGAUGCAGCAUACUUCCAUGCAGCCAUCUUAUGUAUUAAAUAUAAACAAAGCGGUCACCAUUCACAGAAAUAAAUGAUUCACUUGCAAAUAAA